GUACUACAAUCACAUGACCCUGCCCGGGACCCAUAGAGACGGAAGCAGGUACGAGUACCUACCAAACACGCCCAGAGACCUGGAGCACAGAGAACGCCUGGCCUACAAAGACCAUGAGUUCUCCAGCGGCGUGUCUCCGGCACAGAACUGUCUGAUCGGAUGCUGCAACACCAAUCUGGAGGAACCCAGAAGUUUCCAGAGUCAGACUGAUGACGAUGACUACAUGAUGGAGAAACCCCUGGGUUACCUGCCUCUUCACCAUGAGCUGGACAGUGGGCUUGGAUGGACGGAUGGUAGUUUCCACCAGGGGGAGCUGUCGGGGGUGGAGACGGAGGAGGGGCUCGAGGAGCGCCACGGCAGGUCACCAUCGUCUGAGUCAUUCAUCUCGUCUGAACUGAGCGACUCAGGUUUUUACAGCAUCAGCACCGGCGAGUUCCUGCGCUUCCAGCGUCUGCUAGAGAAACGCAUGCGCCAUUACAACGCCCGCAUGCACCACCAGGGGGAGCCGUGCUCUCGCGAACGGCGCGACAGCCAGAUAAAACACCCCCUAGAGGCCAUCCCCGAAACGCUGACGGUGCAGCCUCAAAACGUCUGCACGCCCGUCCCGGGAUCGCGUGGUUUGUCCCGUGUGUCGUCCGUGCAGUACCGUAAGGUGGAGCGGCCAUGUUUGAACAGGCACAGCUCCAGCAGCGGCUCGCUGUUCAAUCCCGCACUGUACUCCACGUGUAGUACGCCCUCCGGCCAGCGACGGCUGCCGCCUCAUCCGAGCUCUGCGGGAAUGCUGAGAAGAAGCAGGACGCUGCAUCACCGCCCUGCGCCCAUGGAGUACCGCAGACGGGCGAGUCACCCGGCCUCGCCCAACUACUGCAGCGGCACGCUGCAUCCCUGCGGCCACAGAGUCAACCUGCCCAUGAAUCUCCCUGAGGAGCCGGCACUUAUGCACACCGUCAGUCACCCGGCACACCCUGUUGUACUCCCCACACAGACUCUACACGCUACCCAUGCAAUGAGUCAACCGUCCCUUAUCUCUCCAGUCGACGAGCACUGCUAUAUGCCUCCAGAACUCCAUGACAACAGCAGGAUCCGAGCAUCCACCGAACCGCAGCUACAGAAGAGCUUUGUGACCCAACAGAUGCCCAACAACAGGUUCCACACCCUAAGUCACACGCCCAGUCAGGACGCCAACGACACCUGGCCCAAACCCGCCAACCGUGCAGGCUCAGGUGGCGGAGGCGGUCUCUACAGCACCUUGGAGGGCCACACACCCACUGCUUCCAUCAGGAAACCAUCCAGCGGGAACCUGCGGGCCUUGCGAAACCAGAUGCUGCGGGAUAGAGCAUCCCGUCUGGCAGAUGAGCGUAGCGGCAUGAGCACGGACGAAGAGAGUCACAGUGAGGUCCGAAUGGGUCGCUACUGGAGCCGUACUGAGCGCCGCGAACACAUGCUGCAGAAACAGCGACAGCUGCAGGCCAGAAGCGGCGGUGGCGGCGGCGUAGCUGCGUCAGGAUUGGUGUAUAGCGGCGGAGUCGUGGGAGGAACUAACGGAGACAGUUGUAAUACCCUUCUCGAGCUGAGCCAGAGGAAACUAAGUCGCCUGAGGAACCGGAAGCUGCUGGACGACUGGACCACCGUAGAGGAACUCCUGACGCACGGAACGCGCCUGGGCCCCAGCGGAGACACCCGGCAGCUGCCUACGUCGUUGCUCACCGUCACAACUGUAUAGCGACACCCACCGAGCGUGUGUUCAGAUUGACGUGUGUGUGUUUGUGUGUGUUGGACCGGCCGCACUACACAAAGCUACCUCCUGAAACUGAGGUUUACUGUAGAUACAGACGUUUCCGAACACCGUAGUACAUUGAUUUUUAAAUGUUAUAUUUGCAGUAUCUUGUUUUGCAUUGUGUUGUAAAGAGAUGUUUCAUUAGGGAGCGAAAUCACUGCAGUUUGAUUCGACCGCAUGAAGCAAUACAACAUAUACCGACACCAGACAAAGUGAAUUUCAUUUGGUGCCAAGAAAAGUUUACGUUGCGGAUCAUUUUAAGGUGGUGCUAAACGUGAGAUUUCAUUUCUUCAACAUAAUUUGCAACUAGCCUAUAAACGACAUCCGAAUUACGUCACUUUUGCACAAGAUUUAAAAAAAAAAUCCCUUUCCGACUGUCUUCCUCUAGCUAAUUUGUGGCGUUAGCACAGCCCCCAUUUUCAAUCAUGAAUCUGAUUCUCUGGGAAUAAUAUCGGAUAAUCUAACGAUGGAUCGGGAGUCGGAUACGCCGCCAGGGCCGGAGACUGGGUGUGCAGGGUUAUGCUGGAGAUCGGGCAGCGGAAAAGUGAGCGUGUGUUGUGAAGUGUGCGGGUUCUUGCACUAUAACUGUAGUUCUGUAGAGUAUUUUUAAAGCUAUUUUUCUUGUGAUCUUCACAAUUGAUGUCACGAAAAGAAACAAAGAACUUUUAUAAAGACUCAAACAAGUGGCGUGUUAUCAAUUUGGAGAGAAAGAUGAGGCGCUGAACUGUGUUUUGUUCUAACGUGCAAAUAUCACGUAUUUUCAGCACACCUUUCCGCAAAUAAUGGGGUUUCAAUUUUACAACGAGCCUCAUGAAACGCCAGCAGAAUGAAUUCUGAAAGUUGAUAAACUGAUGGCAGUUACACAAAUGAAAUGGUGUUCUGAAUGAUUAGAAGAAGCAUUAGUAUUUUUGGAGUCACCUGUGUCAGUGUGGGAGGUUUGCGGAUUUGUUUUUAUUUUUUAUUAUUUGAGCAGAAAAUCAGGAUUUUUCCCACCUGCACUAUUUUUGGUGCACUAGCACUGGAGUGUUUACAAUUUUUCCUCACACAACUGUGACUCUCUGCGACACAUCUCGCUCUCUCGCCCUCGUUUCUGAGGUGAAAUCACGUCAUUUCCGCCGUGAGUCAAACGCUGUGAAUAAUGGAUGUGAACGGAUGGCACAUUAACAGAAAAACUCUGCCUCUCAUUGGAUUUUGCUCGUUUCCACUUUUAGAAAUAAUUUUCUUGGAAUAUGAUGUACAUGUGGUUGUAAUAAAGAUGAGAUUUUA